UUUGCCGGUGUUGAGUUGUGAUAUUUCCCACUGCACCUGACGUACACACCUUCAGCCGGAUCCCUCGACCAUCCUCCGGACCUCUAUCCGCCUCUCCUCCCCGAGUCUCUGCUCCUUCAGUCGGUCAUGGCGCUCCGGAGGUUCUUCGUGGGAGGAAACUGGAAGAUGAAUGGGAACAAGGAGAGUCUGGGAGAGCUUAUAAACACCCUGAACACCGCCAGUCUGGACGAAAACACCGAGGUGGUGUGCGGGGCUCCCUACAUCUACCUGGACUUUGCUCGGUCCAGCCUGGAUCCACGGAUCGGGGUCUCUGCUCAGAACUGUUACAAGGUCGCCAAGGGAGCAUUCACAGGAGAGAUCAGUCCCGCCAUGAUAAAGGACUGUGGGGUCGACUGGGUGAUCCUAGGACACUCUGAGCGCCGUCAUGUGUUUGGAGAAAGCGACGAGCUGAUUGGUCAGAAGGUGGCUCAUGCUCUGGAGAGUGACCUGGGUGUGAUCGCCUGCAUCGGUGAGAAGCUGGAGGAGCGGGAGGCUGGGACCACAGAAGAAAUUGUCUACAAUCAGACACAGGUCAUCGCAGAGAAUGUAAAAGACUGGGGGAAGGUGGUGCUGGCAUAUGAACCUGUUUGGGCCAUCGGGACUGGAAAGACAGCCACACCUGAACAGGCUCAGGAGGUCCAUGAGAAGUUAAGGGCGUGGCUCCGGGCCAACGUGUCGGAUGAGGUAGCUGACUCUGUUCGUAUCAUCUACGGAGGUUCGGUGACAGCAGCAAACUGCAGAGAGCUGGCGGAACAGGAAGACGUGGAUGGCUUCCUGGUGGGCGGAGCUUCUCUUAAACCAGAGUUUGUCGACAUCAUCAAUGCGCGAGCAUAAAAGACGCUGGAAACGGCUCCAUGGGGACCAAUUUACAAACAGCCUGUCCUUUAGAUUGUCACUGUGUUUCUGCAGAGCGGGCUGACUGAUCUCAGACAGAUGAUCGUCGGAGUAGGGAGAGUUUUAUUUGGAAUAUUGUACAGUUUGUCUAAGAGGUGAACACAGGGUGGGAGAAUUAAGACAAAGAGAGUAUUCAUACUUAUUUUGUGCGUUCUGUGGUGAAAAUUCACCACUUUUAUUGUGUUUAUAUCAGGAUAUGUUAAACUAUCAGACGUGUUUCAUGUUUUUUGUCUGUCAAAGGACUAAAAAGGCAAAAAAAAAUCCAGUUUAUCUUCAAAAUGGAAAAUUAUACAAUCUGCUAAUCUGAUUUUCUUAUCUGAUUAAACAUAAAAUAAUACAGAUUGAAUUAUUCUAAGUCCAGAUGAGAAUGGAUUGUGAGUGCAGUCUAUAAUUCAGGUACUUUUCUUGUCAUAUUUUCUGUGUUUUAGAAGGGAAAUGUGAACAAACAGGGCCAUUUAGAGUAGAUACUGAAGUCAUAAGAAGCGCAUAAACUCACUGCUGAUGAUCAGAAGUAUAAAUUAUAUAUAGAUUUUGUUGUAAUCAGCUGACUGUAAGCAUGUUGUUUCUCUUAGCAGACGAAGGUUAAAUGAGGAUCAGUCAGCCCCAGAUGUCCUGUAUGUUUGUCACGCUGUGUUAAAUUUGCACAACCAGCUGCACUAACCGCUGCUUCAGGGCCCUUCACAAUAAAAGCUCCGGUGAGAAUGUACCUAAGAUAAAUUACAGAUGAAAUAUCUUUGAGGAGUCAGGGGCUUUUAUUGUGGCAUAAACACUCAUAGAAUAAACAUAUAUCUUAGGUAACACUGCACUUUGAUGUUGUUUGUGUAACUCUGGAUGGAGAAGGACAAUAAUGAAUAAAAAAUUA